UAGAUGAUACUAAAAUAAAGUUUUAUUUUCUUUUUCUUUUUGUUUUUUUUUUUGAUAAAAUAAAUUUUAUACAUACCAAUAUGGAUUAUUGAAAGUAUGGUUAAUAGAGAAAAAAAAAAAGAAAGAUUAAGCAUUAUUAUAUUGUUCAUUAUUCUAGUAGAUAUUUUGUUUUUGUUUUUUUUUGUUUAAGAAUUAUUUUCUAUACAUGUACUUGAUCUUUAUGAUCGUAAUUCUGUUGUUAAUUCUGCUCGACUUCGUAUAACAAUAUGA